CCUCCCAAACACAAAUCAUUUGAUCUCCUCCCUCCUCCUCCUCCUCCUCCUCCUCCUCCUCCUCCUCCUCCUCUCGCCCUCCCUCCAAAAACACCACUUCUUGAACUCCAUUUCCUCACCGAAGCUUCUUCCAUACUCCCAAACAAAAUGUGAUUGGAUCAACUCCAUCCUCCUUCCUCCCUCUCCCUCUUCCUCUUCCUCAAGACCGCCAUUCUUGAACUCCUUCCUCCCUCUCCCUCUUCCUCUUCCUCAAGACCGCCAUUCUUGAACUCCUUCCUCGAUCAAACUUCAACAUGUACAAGUUGCACUUCGUCGUCGGCGUUAUUCUUGGCGUCAUGGUUACAUUGACCGUCGAUUACCUCCAGUUCCAAGAGGUGCGUCCUAGUCUCGGCGUGGCUUACGAAUCAUCAACCACCGCCUCCUUUCCUCCGCUGCUGCCUCCAUUGGUUCCACCUCCGGCAGUAAUCGGAGCUGCUGUGCAGAGGCUCGAGUUUGGAGCAGUGAGGCUGCACUUGGACGACCUCCGCCCACGCCUACUUGAGGAGUUCGCCGAUCGUAAGAUCACUGUUCUCGUGAUUCUUCCGAAUCGCCUUCUAUCGAGGUUGGCCGCCAACUCAUCAGUUGCGGUGGAGAUCCUACGACCUAUCCUUUCAGCCGAACACUCCGUCUCCACCAUCUCUGUUGGCGACGAACCGCCGAUCUCUCUGUUCCCGGCGGUGUUGCCUGCUCUACAUAACGUCGAGAAAGCUCUUCGAAUCCUCAAUGUUCAAGCCUCUCUCUCAGUCACACUCGGUUUCGGCGAUCUCCUCCAUCCUCCGCCAAUCCUUUCGCAGCUCCUCUAUUUCUUGAGCGAAAGGAGUUCGGUACUGCUUGUGAAGAUGGAUGUCUACGGCUAUUUCAAGGCCUAUCGAUAUCCGUUGAGAUUUGCGAUCUUCCAAAAUAACGAGACACAUUCCUUCAAUCCGGAACAUCCUCUCGCCCAGCGCUACAAAUCGCUCUUUGAUCUAAUGGUCCACGGAGUCCAAGAUGUGCUCACUGUUUCAGGCUUUGACAAGCUUCCGAUCGUCGUGGCGGAAACGGGCUGGCCAACGUCCGGCGGUCAAUCGGAUGCGGAAGCUAAUCCAGCCAAUGCUCGCCUCUUCUGGAACGGCAUCGUAGCCCGCAUGGUCGCAGGAGCUGGAGUGCGGGUCAAAGUCAAACAGGUCUUCCUGUACCGCCUUCUUGAUCCGGUUUCACCGGGUCUGGGCCUGGGCUGGGGGAUGCUUUCUCCAGAUCUCAGCAGGGUGUUUGGAACUGAGAUGCCAACAGUGUGGUUUAAAACCUUUUGGGCCCUAGUGAACGGUUUCAUGGACUUUUUCCAGACUGUUCAUGACAUGUAUACAACUUCCUAGGACUAGAAACCGACAGCCUGAAUUUGUUUCGACUAAUGUAGAGAGAGUUUGAAUUUCCAAAUGUAGAGAGAGUUCACAAAUUCAGUUCUAGUUCUUCAGAGAUCUUCCUGAUCAUUUCAGUCCUUGAUAUGUGAAUUGUCAAUUUCAAAUGUAAUUGACUCAAGGAAUAAUAAUGGAGUUCUUCUACAUAACUUGCAAAAUAGUAAUUGUAGAAACUGAUACAAAAGUAUUAUCUUGAUAAAGGAAUGUGUCAAAAUCAUUUUUUUUAAAGUAUGAAUUGGGACAUACGAUUCAUCUGAGCAAAAACCAUAGUGAUUCGGGUUUUGAUCUAAGAGGGAGGAAUUCAAUUGGUUCAAUUGAACAUGCAUCGAUUGGGAAAGGUUUUGGUGAUUGCAUGAUAAUGAACUAGCUUCGAGACCGGCCUUUGGCCGACAUGAUUUAGUGUGAUUUGAUUCGACGUUUAUUUUUUAUAUGGAUCCACAUUUUGUCAAUGACUUGGUGUCACUCUAUUUGUCAAGCAAUAGGUGAUUAUUUUGACUAUUGAGUGAAAGAAGUUUGAAAGAAAAGACCAGUAUUGUCAAAAAAUUGAACUAUAUCAACUCCCUUGCCACCAAUCGUUCCAACUUCCAAUACUGGCAAUUGUUCCGAUACGGGUAUAGUUGAACAAUAUGAUAGGGCAUAAACCUACAUGAUCCAUCUUAUACGAUUUGGUCUUAAAGUUACUCGAUACAACUAUAAAAUAAGUUUAGUGACCAUUAUAAGGGUAAAAGAUAAGCACAACGUUGGAAUAGUUACUAUCUUAGAUUUUGUCAUCAUAAAAAAUAUAAAAUCUGGUACUAA